AUGAAUAUCGAGGAUAUCGUGCCAGAAUUGUUUGGCGAGAAGCGAGUGUAUUACUGCCAACGCUGUCUAAAUCAUGGACUUCAUGUGAAACGUAAGAAUCACAAGCAGAAUUGCGCAUAUAGCAUGUGUCAAUGUUCCGAUUGCAUCAUGGUGGAGCGCAGGCGAGAGUUAAACAGCCGCCUCGUACAGAUUGAAGGUGAACCUGGCCAUCAAAACUCCUCAGAGUCGCCGUGCGGAGUCGAGGAUACUACCGGAAAGGUUAAAGAACGUCGUCCAAACUGUCAACGAUGUGCGCAGCAUAACGUCGUCAAUCGACUGAAGGGACACAAAAGAGCAUGUCCAUUCAAAGAGUGUUUCUGCCCAAAAUGUCAGGUGGUUGUUGAGCGACAGAAAUUGAUGGCUGAUCAAAUUAAAUUACGACGACGGCAGAAGCGCGAGAAGAGCAACACACUUGAAAGACCUCGAACUCCUUCCAGCACUACACCGGAGGUAUGCUUGAAAUGCACGCAACAGGCCAUUGGUUACCAACACCUGAUGUCGAUUCUCGAUCCAACCAACGUCUCUGAGACUUUCCUGAACCUCUCCGCAGUUCUAACCCCGAUUAAUGUGUCAUCCAUGAAAGGACCUACCAACGAGAGCUUCUCACGUGUAAUUUGUUGA